UGGGAAGGGCUUGAUGAUGUUUGAGACGGCAGGGAAGUCAUAUUUGUCUUCAUCUGCUCAACCUCAAACACAUUUUAGAACAGGAGUAACGACCAAGGUGAAAGAGUGAAGUCUACCGAGAGCUUGCAUGUUCUGAGAAGCCAGGAUCAGUAUGACAACUGAAACAGCAGAGAAUGCAGGAGGAGUGCAACCAGGAACUAAAAAAGGCUUUGGACUGGAGUGUCCCAUAGCGGACAAACGUUUUCAAAGUGACGAGGUGAAGCAGAUCUGGAAGGAGUGCCAAGACGAGAGUUUUUGGUACAGAGCUCUUCCACUCUCUCUUGGAAGCAUGGCUAUCACUGGUGGCCUAAUCUACAACGGAGUUUGGAAACAAUCAAAGCGCUUUGGUCCAUUCCCUAAACUAGCAGUGGCAGGUAUCAUUGGUUACGCAGUGGGAAAAGCUUCUUACAUGGGCACAUGUAGAGAAAAGUUUCAAAAGCUGGAACCAGAGUUCAGCAAAGGCUUUGGCCCAGGUUGGGGUGGCCCAGGUUGGGGUGGCCCAGGCGGCUGUGGACACAAACACUGCACACAUGUAUGUCAGGAGUGUACGAAAGUAGAAGCUGGAGCAGCGUCUGCAAAACCUGCUCAAAGCUGAGGGGAUUAAGCGACAAAACAAAAAUGUUCUUCCUGCCUUGGCUGAUACCAGAAGUAUUGCAAACUUGUACAGUGUCAUCAAUCAUGAUCUUAUGGUGCACUGAAUUUUAUAAGUUCAUUUUACAUUAAAAUAAUCAUAAUAAAAUAUGGUCCAAUAUA